AUGGACAACCUCACCCUCUACAUCCUCACCUUCAAUUGCGCCCGCAACCCCAUCGACAUCGACCUCUUCGCGUCGCACUUCUUCCACGCCCUUCCCCACACCGUCCCCUCCGCACCGCACCUCAUCGCCCUCAGUCUCCAGGAACUCGCGCCCAUCGCCUACGCCUUCCUCGGCGGGUCUUAUUUGACACCGUACUUUACCUCCUUUCGGCAGGUCGUCGAUCGCGCGGCGGCAAGUCGCUGGGAGGAUGCGCAGUAUGUCACUGUCGUGGAGGAGCAUGUGGGCAUGACGGGGUUGAUGGUCUUCGCGCGGUCGGACGUCGUCGGAAGGAUUGCGUCGGUGCAGACGGCGGGCGUCGGGCUGGGGCUACAGCAGAUGGGGAAUAAGGGGGCUGUAGGGGCGAGGCUGGGGUGGAUGUUGGAGGGUGAGACGGUGCCGGUACCGCUGACGUUUGUCGCGGCGCAUCUUGCUCCGGCGGAGGAUGCGUUUGAGCGGCGGAAUGAGGAUUGGAGGGGGAUUGUGGAGAGGUUGGUUUUUAGUACCACUACCACUACAAACCAUGAGGAGGAUUCGGAGCGCGCGGCGUUGCUUGGUUCGUCGACGACGACCGGGGAGGAAGAAGGGGAGGGUGUUUUUACGGCAGGGUCAGGGUACCUCUUUCUCGCGGGCGAUCUCAACUACCGCACCUCCAAUACGCAGCCGCAGCCGGCGGAUUUCGCGCGGUUCCCUAACCUGGAUGCCGACGCGAGCGACCCGCUGCAUUACUCGCGGCUGCUGCGCGAGGACCAGCUCAUCCGUGAGCGCGAAAAGGGCCAGUGUUUCCACGGCCUGUCUGAAGCGCCGAUCUCCUUCCCGCCGACGUACAAGUAUAAGCUUGGGGCGCGGGAUCCGCCCCAAUGGAAGUUUGUCCACAGUCGCUGGCCCAGCUGGUGCGACCGGAUCUUGUAUUUGGGGUCUUCGACGGCGACGGUAACGCCCUACCGAUAUGAUGCACUCCCUUUGUUUCCGACGUCGGACCAUCGUGCUGUUGCGCUGGCGGCGGCGGUGGUCUUGCAAUCGGUCCAGGCCGGUCCAUCAGAUUCAGAACCUGCACCUGCGACAGACGUGCAGCAGCAGCAGCCGCAGCCGGCGGCGGCUCCAUUCCCGAUCGACCGGGAUUGGAAACGCAAACGAGAUGAGGCCCGACGCAAAGAGCUGGUGGUGGGUGGGUUGGCGUAUCUGGGGUUGACCUGGGAGGGCCGUCGGUACCUGGUGGGCAUGGUCAUUGGCGGGUUGGGCGCGUGGUUCAUGCUGCGAUCGAUGCUCAGCGUCUGA